UGCGACUUGGUGGAGGGGUCAGUGGUACAGCAGAGCUCGGAGGGACCCCCCCCUGUACCUCCCAGGGCCGGGCCCUAUAAGGGCCACGGCAGUGCUGCCGGCGAGGCCGCGCCGGGUGCCUGUUGCCACUGGGAGAGCGGGAGCUGCGGUGGGACCCGCCGCCGUGUGGCCGCUGCGGGAGGGGGUCCCGCCUCCCUCAGGGCGGCCGGUCGAGGAGGGAGGCGGCGGCGCGGGAAGAGGGGCUGCAGCCCGCCCGCUGAGUGUCCGUCCGCCCGGCGGCGUGAGCGGGAGGGAGGGCACAGCUCGUUUCCCGCCCCCGGCUCGGCCUCUUCUCCUCCCUCCCCCUGUUCCUCCUUCGCUCCCGCCGCACCGGCGAGGCUGCGAGAGCGGCGCCUGCCCAGCACCCGGGGCCGCAGCCCUGCCAGGACGAGAAAAGGAGGUGCUGCCUGCGGGGAGCGAGCUGGAUGAAGACUUGUGCCUCAGGGCGGGCUGGCCAGCCCCUUGGGCAUGAAGGGGACCGCGGGGACUCUGCCCUGCCCUGCAGCCGAGCGGGGAUAUCAGGAAGACAGCUGCCUUCAAAUGAUACAGAACUCGCUGACAGUUGCUCUUGCUUCAGUCCUACUUCAUGAGAACUUCAGAAGAUACUAACUGAGAUGGUACGUGAACAAUACACUACAACAACACCAGGCACUAGCCUAGAGAGGCCGAAGAAUGAAUACAUCUACAAAAUUGGAAUUUAUGGCUGGAGAAAGCGUUGCCUCUACCUGUUUGUUCUCCUCCUGCUUAUCAUCCUAGUUGUGAAUUUUUCUUUGACAAUUUGGAUUCUUAAAGUGAUGUGGUUUUCUCCAACUGGAAUGGGUCACCUGCGUGUUACAAAAGAAGGCCUUCGUCUGGAAGGGGAGUCAGAAUUCUUAUUCCCUCUUUAUGCCAAAGAAAUCCAUUCUCGAGUGGACUCAUCACUGCUUCUCCAGUCUACUCACAAUGUGACUGUAAAUGCUCGCAAUUCAAAUGGGGAAGUCACAGGGAGAUUAAAUGUGGGUCCUAAAAUGGUAGAAUUCCACGGUCAGCAAUUUCAGAUCAACUCAAAGGAUGGCAAGCCGCUUUUUACAGUGGAUGAAAAUGAGGUUGUAAUUGGCACAGAUAAACUUCGAGUCACAGGGCCUGAAGGGGCACUUUUUGAACACUCUGUAGAAACACCGCUUGUAAAGGCAGAAGCUUUUAAACAGCUUAGAUUUCCUGCUUGCAGGCUGGAAUCACCGACUCGAUCUCUGAGCAUGGAUGCACCUCGAGGAAUCAAUAUGAAAGCGCAAGCUGGGAAUAUUGAAGCUCUUUCACAGAUGGAUAUCAAACUUCACAGCAGUGAUGGUGUGCUGUUGCUUGAUGCUGAAACUGUGCGACUGCCCAAACUGCCCGAGGGUACAAGGGGUGGAUCCGGGAUUUCUCAGGGGCUCUACGAAAUCUGCGUGUGUCCAGAUGGAAAGCUCUACUUGUCAGUGGCCGGUGUGGGCUCCACUUGCCAAGAAUACAGCCGUGUCUGCCAGUGAGGCACCAGAACAGGCCACACACCCCCUUGCUAGUCUGAGUUUUAUAUGAUUGCUGAAGCAAAUUACUGAAAGCAGAAUUUUAAUAAUUUGAAAAACAAAGUACUUCACUUUAGGAAACAAAUCUGUAUCUACAAUUCUGGACUACAGGGUGAAAGGGGAAGAAGCACAAAUGACAUUUCAACUUCAGAAGAAUGACUUGAAUCAAAGUAUAUGUUCUGUCAGUAUCACUUUGAAAACAGCCUUACAGAGAGCAUAAAAAACAAUAAAAGGAAUAUGUUUCCUUUCUCAACUGUUAUUCAGUCAGAUGAUUAUGUCAUUGUUAACAUUUUUGAGCUCUGUGUUUUUUUUCUCUCACUACAUGUAAACACUGCAUUAGUGGGUGAAAUUAAAUUGAGGAAACCACUUGAACUAUUUGCUAAGACAAAGCAUUAUUUGGGAAAUUCAGAAAGUGCCAGCAAAUGGUCUAUGCAAUUUCAUUCUUGCAAUAACACAAGAUAUGAAAAAUAUGGAUUUGUAUAAGUUCUGUGUAAAAGGUGUUAAUUUGCUAAUGGCUUUCCGUUUUUAAUUUGGCAACAUAUAUGCUGAUUUGCUCAUUACUGAUAUUCCUAUAACAAUAACUAAUAGAAAAAACUCCAGGAGUUAUUUACACCUCCCAGUGUCUCAAAGCUGUUCACUAUACAACAGAGAAAUAUGUUAGCAUAUUUUAUAAUAGCAAUAGUUUGUUGUACUGCCUGUACCAUCAUGCUCAUUUAAACCCCUUUAUAUUUUAGGACACGCUAAUUCAACAAGGCAAUUUGCUCUGCCAGCCUGACAAGUAUAAAGAAAAGAAAUCCUUACUGUGGCUCCAGACUGUCUGACACAAGGAACUGUUUGGGCAGUGGGAAAAAAUACUUCUGUACAGCCCACAGGAUUCAAUUAAGAGGAUUAUUUCAUUUGCAUCUGCAGCUGUUGACUGAUACUUCUGGUCCUGUCAGAGUGGGACUCCAUCACAAACUGAGAGAGUAAAACUACUCUUGAUUAUUUUUUACAUUAGGAGUUUGGAUACAAAGUAAAUGCUCACCAGAGUUGACAAACCAUUUAUUGACCUUGUAGAGAAACACAUCUGGAGACACAUUCCCCUGUACAGUGUUGCACUGAACACAAAUAAAUUGUUUGCACAUCUCUGGGUAGCAGGAUUUGUAUUUAGUAGUCUGUUGUUUAAACCUCAUGGGUUUUUAACUCCUUUGAUGAUGUUUUGUAUAUACUUGAUGAUAUUAUUGCCCAGGUAGGAGCUACUAUCACAUAGUGCCUUGGUGUCUACUUACGGGAAAAAUUUUACCUAUAAUCAUUAUUAAACAACAGAAUUUCCAUCCUUUAGAGAAAAGAACCAUCAUCCUUAAGGCAGAGGAAUCAGAACAAAAGGAUGACUAAGACUGUGCUGGUUUUUAAACUUGCUACUUCAGCCCUGAUGGACAAGCAAAGAAACCAUGACUCAGUUAUGAUCCCAGAUACCCACAAAAUACUGAGUUGAGAAAGACCCCCCAGUUAACAGCAUCCACUGCUAUUGUAAUAAGCUCCUGGGUAGUCCCUGCCUCAAGGGCUGCCUUUGCGAUUUAUCCAGCGAGUCUAAUGUACAAUGCUGAAAUUGCCCUUCAUUAGCAGGGUGUUGCCUUCAACAAUUAAUGCAGGCUAGAAAAGUUUCAAUAGGAAAAGUAGAAGACAUGCUUAAGCUGAGCUUUUGGGUCCCUUCAGGCAAAGGAGGCAAGGGAAUGGAGGUGUCCCAUGUUAUUUGGAAAGUGCUCUGAUUAGUGACAUAUUGCCUAAGGGCAAAGUAGAAAGCCACACAACUUCCGUUUCUGAAAUUGCCUUCUCCUGGGCUUAGACAUUCACCUUCAGGAAUGAGUCCAACAGCCCUAAAGAGAAUAAUCUCUCUCUAUUGUACAACUAUAUCUCUCAACUGUGUCUCCACAGCUAAACCCUCAGCCAAAACAGGCUUAAACGGAAACCUGUCUUUAGCAUUCAUUUGAAGUCAGCCUAAGUGGUUCCAGCUCCGUGUGCAAGGCUUUACAAUCCAAAUUAUUAAUAGUCUUGGCUUAUUUAUUGGGUAGAAAGUCUGUGUAUUAAAAUAAAGGACUGCAAAUUCCAUUGCAUGUGCCAGAUAUCUAAAAACUGCUGCUACAAGUUACCUGGAGGGCUGUGACAUCUACAGUCUUUUAUGGAUGUACAACAGCAAAACUGGGACUCAGUCCUUAGAGAAUUCAAGUUUUGAAGGCAUUUCAAUUGCCAUCGUACCUAUGUUUGUGACAUCAAGGAACAUGUGUCCUCUUCCAUGUGCUACCAAACUAUUCAUUCACCUAAUCUAAUCCCUACAUGUUAGCCAGAUACUGUAAAUAAGUACGUUAGUUACAAUCUGCUUAUUAUGCUGUCAAUGGAAACAGCGUUUUAAGUUAUGCAUUUCAAGCUUGUGUUUUGGAGGCACACUUUCAAAUGUGAUUUGCCAGUUUGUACAGAGCAAGGGACUGUACAUCCAUACUUUCCCUGUAGUGCAAGAGUAACGUAACCCCUAAACUACUGGGUAUUUGAAAGCCACUUCUGUUACAAUUUCUGGCAUUGAAGUCGCUCUGGUUUAGUUAACAUUUUUACAAAGCUGUGGUGUACAGCUAGCAAAAUCAGGGUGCAGUUCCCUGGCUCAGCACACAACUAAGCAUUAUGGCACCUCAAUUAGACAUUGCAGUAAUUACUGCCUUUCUGGUGGAGAUGAUCGUUUUGGACUUGCCUCAGUCCACAGGUGGAUUAUGAAUAGUACCAAAAACUAAACAGGUCUGCUGCAUCCUCAGUGCUGCCGUGAUCCAAGUCACCAACUUCCCCCUCUUCUUUGUUUAAACUUCAUUCUUCUUGUCAUCGUUCUACAAAACUGACAUCGAAAAUAGUGUUGCAUUAUGUAAGUAAGUUGUGCAGAUUUUUUUAAACUAUUGAUGGCAACUUCUUGUCAAUGAAGAAUGUUUUUGGGAUUUUUUCUUUUAGUUGUGGUUAGUGGAGAAACAAAGUUCAUGCUAGAAUUACCAGUGUAAUCAGCUGAUGUUGUAAUCUGAAUUGUUCAUCUCAAUAUAGUUCAUACACCACUAAAUUGUCAUUUCUGAUUAUCUCCAUAUGGAUGUCUUUCCAUUUCUCUUCAAUACUCCAAAAUUACUGUUUCAACUUGAAUCAAAGUUUAGUAAAGUGACAGUAACAGAAGAUUAUGGCACAAGAAAGUGAGAAUACACACUUCUCUAGUUUAUUUUCAAGUGUUUUCCAAAUGGAGAAAAAAACCAAAACAAAACACUACCCAGCACAGUGAACUAUACUAUUUGCAUUUUUUUCCCUCAAAAAUAUCUAUUUACAGCAGUUCUUGUUGGGAUUGUUAUACACUGGAAAAGUAAAAAUAUCAAAAUAACAGUAAAUCUUUAUUGGUGACUGCCCGAACACAACCCUCUUUGUUCCCAUUCCACAGUCCUUUAGUAUUGACUUUCGUCUGUCUUUAUAUAGCUUUAUGAAAAAGGAAAUUGCAAGAAUUAACUGAAAACUGAGUUCUUGAAUAAACUUUAUACAUUUUGAAAA